AUGAGUGGUCGGUUUUCUCGGUCAAUUUAUGUUGGUAACUUGCCAGGCGACAUUCGAGAACAUGAGAUUGAAGAUCUCUUUUACAAGUAUGGGCGCAUAGUGGAUAUCGAAUUGAAGGUUCCACCUCGACCUCCUUGUUAUUGCUUUGUUGAGUUUGAGCAUGCUCGGGAUGCUGAAGAUGCAAUCAGGGGCCGUGAUGGCUAUAACUUCGAUGGUUGUCGCUUGAGGGUUGAACUUGCUCAUGGUGGUCGAGGACAGUCUUCAAGUGAUCGUCGUGGUGGCUAUGGUGGUGGCGGUGGCUAUGGUGGUGGAGGUGGUGGGGGUGGUGGAUCUGCCCGGUUUGGUGUCUCACGACACUCUGAGUUCCGAGUUAUUGUACGUGGGCUACCAUCAUCUGCUUCAUGGCAAGAUUUGAAGGAUCAUAUGCGGAAAGCUGGUGAUGUGUGCUUUGCUGAGGUCUCUCGAGACAGUGAUGGAACUUAUGGUGUUGUCGACUACACCAAUUACGAUGACAUGAAGUACGCUAUAAGGAAGCUUGAUGAUACUGAGUUCAGAAACCCUUGGGCUAGAUCUUAUAUUCGGGUAUAA